AUGCUUACGAGGAAAACCUUUCACAUUGUCAAAGCGAGGGAAUUCCAGAGAGACGUCGACAGCGCUUGCGUUUUCCAUAAUGUAAGCUCCAGGUUUGCUGAUGGUUACAGAUUCGGCUUGGGUGCUGAGGUUGGUAUCAGCACUGCCAGGAUCCACGCCAGAGGCCCAGUGGGAGUCGAAGGUCUCCUGACGACCAAGUGGGUACUCAGCGGAGACGGCCACGGCGCAGCUGACUUCGCUGAAGGAGGACCUUGCACCUUCUUGCACGAAUCCUUACCUGUGGAAUGACUCCCUAAAACCAAAGAGGACAAGAACGGUGUGACCUCCAAGUCCACCUUCGCUUGGAUCUUGUCUCUCAUCGGCGUCGGGUGAUGGUCGACCCUAGUAUAAUUCAAUAAUUGAUAAUUUUAAUUCGGAUAAGUUCAGCUUAUAAUUUGAGAUUUUUUUAAAUGAAAUAUAUGUUCAUAUUUUUCUUUCUUGACAAAUUAUACAGUUAUGCUUUAAGUCAAAGUUUGAAAUACACUCAUAUUUCUCGUUAGCUAUUUAGGAUUUGGCUAGACUUUAAUAAGUUAAAAGAUAACUAAAUUACUAAAUGAGGAAUCUACUAACAAAAAGACAAAACUCCAGUUUAAAGUUUUAUUUUAUUUCUGAGUGAAAUAUUUACUAAAAAAUUAAUUUGCAAUAGUAGGUACUGCGAUAGCAGACUGACUUGUCCGAAAUUGAUUGAAUUGAUGACAAUAAUACAUAGAUUAUUUUGUUUUUGCUAUAUUCUAGCAAUUCUUCAUUUUUGUUAGUGGUCCCUUCAUAUAAUCUUGGUUUUAAUUAUUUUCAAUGUUUUUUAAAUAUUUUAUAUUCUUAACAAAUCUUCUAACUUUAUCUAAGCCUAAGAACAAAUACAUAUCUUAGUAUUUAUCCAUUUAAAUUUUUUGAAAAUUUUACUCAUUGUAGUCUAUCUAUAAAAUGAAUUUAAGCCUGUUAUACUUUAUUUACUCCUAUGAGUUUUUAUAUAAUUAUUUUGAAAAAGUAUCUUGAAUCGAUUUUUAAUAUAUACAAUUGACAAGUAAUCGAUAUAUGCCAAUUGACAAUAAUAUUGUGAUUUAAUUUCACAUAGAUUAGUAAUAUAUAAAAUAAGAUGCCAAAUUACAAGUUAAUAUUACAUUAUAUUGCCGUUGUGAUUAUAAUUUUAGUGUAUAUAGUUUCUAUUUCUAAAAUGUAAAUAUCAUUAGUUGUUAAGUGAACUGUCACAGCACAAAUAAAAAUGUGUAUAAAUCAAAGUGUCAAUUAUUAAAAAAAAACCUUUUUAUUAUAUAUUUAUUUAAAAAACAAAUCACAUUUCCACAAGUUAUUUUUAAACUACAAUU